AUGUCUAGCGGUUCCAGAUCGGUUCUAGAGCAGGUUCUCGAGGUUCCGGAGCAGGUUCUCGAGAAGGUUCUUGCUUUGGAGAAGGUUCUGGGGAAGGUUCCGACUCUGGAGAAGGUUCUGGAGAAGGUUCCAGAACAGGGUCUGGAGUGGGUUCUGGAGAAGGUUCUUGCUUUGGAGAAGGUUCUGGAGAAGGUUCAGACUCUGGAGAAGGUUCUGGGGAAGGUUUUGACUCUGGAGAAGGUUCUGGAGAAGGUUCCGACUCGAGAAGGUUCUGGGGAAGGUUUUGACUCUGGAGAAGGUUGUGGAUCCAGUUGUGGAUCCAGUGUGGAUUCAGUGUGGAUCCGGUGUGGAUUCAUUGUGGAUCCGGUGUGGAUUCAUUGUGGAUCUGGUGUGGAUUCAGUGUGGAUUCAUUGUGGAUCCGGUGUGGAUUCAUUCCGGAUCCAGCGUGGAUCUGGUGUGGAUUGGGUGUGGAUUCAUUCCGGACCCGGUGUGGAUUCAGUGUGGAUUCAUUCCGGAUCCGGUGUGGAUCGGGUGUGGAUCCGGUGUGGAUUCAUUCCGGAUCCGGUGUGGAUUCAUUGUGGAUCCGGUGUGGAUUCAGUGUGGAUUCAUUGUGGAUCCAUUCCGGAUCCGGUGUGGAUCUGGUGUGGAUCCGGUGUGGAUUCAUUCCGGAUCCGGUGUGGAUUCAUUGUGGAUUCAGUGUGGAUCGGGUGUGGAUCUGGUGUGGAUCGGGUGUGGAUUCAUUCCGGAUCCAGCUCCCCACAUCCCCUUGGCUGAGCUCGGAUCCGGAUCCGGGAAUGAGAAGGGAUUUGUGUCCCGGGAGCGCCGGGGCCGGGCUGGGAUUUGGGUUGGAUUUUCCGGAUGGGGGAGGCGGGGCUGGAAUCCCUGGAGAAAGGACAAAACCAUGGAAAUAACCAGGACGGGAUCCACCAGAUCCCAGGAGUUUGCCAUUCCCGAUCAUCCAGGGACCCCCAGAUGGGCUCAGAGCUCCUUUCCAGGGGAAAUCCGGCUGGGAUUCGGGUGCUGGAAACGCUCCGAGGAUCUGGGGACGGAUUUAUCCCCCGGGGAUGGGGCAGGAUUGGGGAUGUUCCUCCCUCGGGAUGGAAUCGGCUCCGGAGGAAGAGUUGGCCGUUCCCAGCAGGAAAAUUUGGGAGUCAGAAUUCCAAAGAGAAGGAUCUGGAAUCACCACGGGGGGCUCGGCCCUGGGACCCCUCAGGAACUCGCUUUUCCUUGGAUCUGAGGAGGAAAAAAGGAAAAAAGCCAGAAAUGGUUGUUCCCAUGGAAGAGUUUUUGCUUCUCCUCCUUUUCCUUUUUCCU